ACUGAGGAGGCCCCACGUGAUGAACGGUCUACAAUACGAAACCAUCUUCUUUUUUUAAGGCUGGCAUAAGGUAUAUUUAUGGCAGCUAAAAGAAGUGCAAAAGAACUACGCAGACCUUCCUUCCCCGCCCAAAAAUGGCUGCAGCUACUUCUCUUACUACUCCUAAGCUUUCCUCUCCUACUCUCCAAUCCCUCUACCGGAACUUCCCAAUCGCAAUCCCUUUCUAUUCCUCCUUUCUCUUUCUUCCCAAAACCCUAUCCUCUAUCCCUCCUCGCCGCCUUUCUCUCUCUCCCUCCCAUCUUCAUCGCCGCCUUUUCACUGUUCGCUCUGACUCCGAUAAUGGCGCCGAACCCGCUCGCCGCUACGAUUUCGACCUCUUCACCAUCGGCGCUGGAAGCGGAGGUGUCCGUGCCUCCCGCUUUGCUGCCAAUUUCGGUGCUUCCGUUGCUAUUUGUGAGCUACCGUUCUCCACCAUCUCUUCCGAGACCACUGGAGGCGUUGGUGGCACGUGUGUCCUUCGUGGGUGUGUACCAAAGAAACUGCUUGUUUACUCUUCAAAAUAUUCUCAUGAAUUUGAAGAGAGCAAUGGUUUUGGAUGGAAAUAUGAGAUUGAACCGAAGCAUGACUGGAGCACUUUGAUGGCUAAUAAAAAUGCUGAGUUGCAACGCCUUACUGGUAUCUACAAGAAUAUUCUAAAGAAUGCUAAUGUCACAUUAAUUGAGGGGCGUGGAAAGAUUGUGGACCCACAUACAGUUGAUGUUGAUGGAAAAAUCUAUUCAGCAAGACACAUCCUGAUUUCAGUUGGGGGGCGGCCCUUCAUUCCUGAAAUUCCUGGAAGUGAAUAUGCGAUAGAUUCAGAUGCAGCACUUGAUUUGCCCUCAAAGCCUGAGAAAAUUGCAAUAGUCGGUGGAGGCUACAUUGCCUUAGAGUUUGCUGGUAUAUUCAAUGGUUUGAAAAGUGAGGUCCAUGUAUUUAUACGGCAAAAAAAAGUAUUAAGGGGCUUUGAUGAAGAGAUCAGAGAUUUUGUUGCAGAGCAAAUGUCUCUAAGAGGAAUUGAGUUCCACACAGAGGAGCCACCCCAGGCUAUUAUUAAAGCAGCAGAUGGUUCCCUGUCACUGAAGACCAACAAAGGAACAGUCGAAGGCUUCUCACAUAUUAUGUUUGCAACAGGGCGUAGGCCUAACACGACGAACUUGGGAUUGGAGACAGUGGGGGUAAAAAUGGACAAGAAUGGAGCAAUAGAGGUUGACGAAUACUCGCGCACAUCAGUUCCUUCCAUUUGGGCAGUUGGAGAUGUUACAGAUAGGGUGAAUUUGACUCCAGUUGCUUUGAUGGAAGGAGGGGCAUUGGCAAAAUCUCUGUUUCUGAAUGAGCCAACAAAACCUGAUUAUAGAGCAAUUCCAUCUGCUGUGUUUUCCCAGCCACCAAUUGGACAAGUUGGUCUCACUGAAGAGCAGGCUAUAAAAGCAUAUGGUGACAUCGAUAUUUUCACAGCAGACUUCAGGCCUUUGAAGGCCACUCUUUCAGGGCUUCCAGAUCGGGUUUUCAUGAAAUUAAUAGUCUGUGCAAAGACGGACAAAGUUCUGGGGUUGCACAUGUGUGGAGAAGAUGCACCAGAAAUUGUGCAGGGGUUUGCUGUUGCUGUCAAAGCUGGCUUGAAAAAGGCAGACUUUGAUGCUACAGUGGGUAUUCACCCAACAGCAGCGGAGGAGCUUGUCACAAUGAGGACUCCUACACGGAAGGUCCGAGCUGAUCUUCGAUCUGAGGGAACAACAGAUCAUGAAGUUAAAGCUACAGCAGGUGUUUAGUUUGGAUCGUGCUGUAUCAUCCAGCAGCUCCUUUAUGGUAGCACUCUUAAGAAAUUGCUGGUGAAAAAUCUGCCUGUGAAACGGUUGAGCGAGUCCUUGGAUGCUGACAAUAAUUCUACUGUUGACUGAUGAGGAUUCAUGAAUAACGGAGUUGUUUCUGUUGGAAAGCAUUGAGGGGAAAUGACCACUUGAGCAAAAGAGAAAGGGUGCCUUUGGAACGAACAUAUAUAUAUAUAUAUGUUGCAGGGUUUGCUUGUAAUUUUUGGCUUCCGAACAUAAGAAUCAGCAGGAAUUGUGAAUCCAGAAUCAGAUCCAUUGCAGAAAUAGUUUUGGGUCAUCGUUUCCUUUUUGCUUUGUAAUUGUAUACCCUGAGAACACACAGAUGUAUAAUUUCAUUUGGUAUUGCAUUUUGCCUUUUCUUUUGUAA